AUGCCUCUGCCUGCGGAUGGACAGGUCGUGAAGACCGCAAGUGCCAUAGUAGCAAGGUUGCAUGACAUCUUCGGGCCUCAUCCCGGCUUUCGCCAUGCACAUGCAAAGGGGGUUUUGCUGAAGGGAACCUUCACACCGACAGCUACGGCCAAGUCGCUGUCGAAGGCUCCUCAUUUCAACAACGCCUCAACCCCCGUAGUCGCCCGGUUCUCGAGCUCUACCGGUUUCCCUGAGCUGCUUGACACCGCUCCAGACGGCAACCCUCGGGGUUUUGCGAUUCGCUUCAUGCUCGCCGAGACUCCUCGCCGAGUGCACACAGACAUCGUCACUCACUCGGUCGACGGUUUCCCUGGCUCUAACGGCCAAGAUGCUCUCGAGUUCUUCACCGCGAUCAGAGAUGGCUCAUUCAGCGACUUCAGCUUUGGCAAGGAGAAAUACUUUGGCGUCAAUGCCUUCAACCUCAUCGCUGCCGAUGGAAAGGAGACCUUUAUCCGCUACCGCAUCGUUCCUGAGGCAGGUGAGGAAUACCUCGACGAAGCUGCGCUCAAGGAGAAGAGCCCGACCUUCCUGUACGACGACGUGCCAGAGCUACUCAAGGCCGGACCGAUCGUGUUCAACCUGAAAGCGCAGGUCGCUGAAGCUGGUGAUGUAACGGAUGACAACACCGUGAAGUGGCCGGCAGAGCGACAAGGGGUCGAGCUGGGAAGUAUCAAGCAGAAGAGGAUCAUCUUCGAUCCCAUACCACGAGUUGAGGGCAUUGAAGCCUCAGCCGACCCGCUGAUUGAUGUACGCGCUGCGAUAUAUCUUCUCGGCGGUCGUGAGAGGCGAGCGGCAUAG